UUCUUUUGAAUCAUAGGUUCUGCUGAGAGGACAAUGGGUUCUGGAAAUGAUUCCACAGUGACUGAGUUCAUCCUCACUGGGCUGACAGACCGGCCAGAACUCCAACUACCACUCCUCCUCUUCUUCCUCGGAACCUACAUGUUCACUGCGGUGGGGAACCUGGGCAUGAUCAUUCUAGUCAACCUCAGUUCUAACCUCCACACCCCCAUGUACUAUUUACUCAGCAGCUUGUCCUUCAUUGAUUUCUGUCAAUCCACUAUAAUUAUCCCCAAAAUGCUGGUGAAUUUUGUGACUGAGAAAAACAUCAUCUCCUACCCAGAAUGCAUGACUCAGCUCUAUUUCUUUGUCAUUUUUGCUAUUGCAGAGUGUCACAUGUUAGCUGCCAUGGCAUAUGACCGUUAUGUUGCCAUUUGUAGCCCCUUGCUCUAUAAUGUCAUCAUGUCCCCUCACAUCUGCUUCCUGCUCACCAUGGCAGUUUAUAUUUUGGGCAUCAUUGGCUCUUCAAUCCAUACAGGCUUUAUGUUAAGACUGUCUUUCUGUAAGGCCAAUGUGGUCAACCAUUAUUUCUGUGAUCUCUUUCCACUCUUAGAGCUAUCCUGUUCCAGCAUCCACAUCAAUGAAUUAUUGGUUCUCUUACUGAGUGCAUUUAACAUCAUGAUACCUGUAUUAACAAUCCUUGCUUCCUAUAUCUUCAUUAUUGCUAGCAUCCUCCGCAUUCGCUCUGCAGAGGGCAGGUCCAAAGCCUUCAGCACCUGCAGCUCCCACGUGAUGGCGGUCAUGAUCUUCUAUGGCUCUGGAACCUUCAUGUACCUGCAGCCAUCAUCUGUGAGUUCCAUGGACCAAGGCAAAGUGUCUUCUGUGUUUUAUACCAUUGUUGUACCCAUGUUGAACCCCCUGAUCUACAGUCUGCGAAAUAAGGAUGUCAAAUUAGCUCUGUUGAAAAUUCUGGACUAUAGAAAACAAUUAUGA